AUGCCUAUAGUAGGCAAUGAUGUUCAGCAAUGUCAAAAGCUUGAUAAAAGUGGAGGAAAUGGUGCUGGACUUAUUCGUUCUGUACCUUCUUCCUCAACAUUAUCCUCUCAUUUGGAGGAAGAUAAUAUAUCAACCACAUGUUCUAUGCCUAAAAAGCUUUCACCCAAUUCAGCAAAAACAAAUAAUCCUUCAUUUCAAACACAAUCUGACAGAUUUUAUUUUCCAAAUAAUCGUAGUAGUGGUGGAAGUUUAAUGCCAACAAUGAAUAAACCAAUUAUUAUUAUGCCGGCAAUUGCGACACAUGCUAAUCCAUCAUAUAUGAUUACCCCAUCAAUAUCUUCAAAUGGUUCACAUAACCAAGAGUCAAUAUUGAGCUCAACACUUGACAGAAUUGAUAAUAAUUCUUCACUUUAUUCCUUAUCUAAUAAUAAUUCUUCUAAUACAAUUUGCACUUCGUCAUGUUGUUCUUCUGCAUUAUCCACAACAAUUAAUGGAGAUAUUAAUGACUCUUCACCAAUUAAUUCAAUUUUGUGCCAGCAAAUGUCAAUCCAAAAACAGCCAUUAAUUAUGCUGUCAAAUUCACAACAACAACAAAUAACAGAAGGAAAUGUUUUUCAAAAUUUAAAUUAUAACCAACAACAUUUAAAUCCUUCGGCUGAACAACAACAUCAACAACAACUAUUACAACAACAGCAAUUUGAUUUUCGAAUGUCUUGAAAUUUAAAUAAUUUUGGUAUAUGUCGGACCUUACCAGUUAAACUUAUUUACGCAUAGUUUGUAAAUGGGUUAGCUAUAAUAAAUUUUUAAAGACAAAAAUAAAUUUUUCCCUUGUCAUGUCUAUAGCCAUUCAAUAUGUAUUAAAUAGGCCUACAAAAAUACUCAGAGAUAAAGAAGGCCCAACGUUAAUUUUUCGAAUAUCCUUAAAAAAUAUGGAAAGAAAAUUUUUCCUUAGUAAAUUCUCGUCAUUUA